UGGGGGGGGAGGAUACCCGUAGGUACCGGAUUCAAAGGAUUAGCGCACCCCUCAAGGCAACAUAACAACAUUCCCUUGGAAACAAAAAAGAAGAGUCUAUUCGAGGGGAAAAUGAGAGAUAUUUUGUUCCACCACCGAAAAUUAUUUGAUUCUUGCCUUUCAAAGAAUUUCCAUGAUACAUCAGAACAAUCAUUUAUAGGAUUUAAUGAUUCCUACUAAGAACGGACGCAUUCUUUGAACCUUAAUUAUCUGUAUUUGGUCCGGUCAUUUGAUUUGGUAAUAGUAAUAAAGCUAAUAACGAAUAGAAAAGAAUAACGGCUUGGAUCGUGUAUCUACGGACAAUCUACGGUAGAAGAGAAGGUUCCAUCGGAACAAUUAUUUAUUUCAGGAUACCUCGUCUCUUUUUUUUGAAAAAAAAAAGGAGGAAGUGUGAGGAAAAAUGACAAGAAGAUAUUGGAACAUCAAUUUGGAAGAGAUGAUGGAGUCGGGAGUUCAUUUUGGCCAUGGUACUAGAAAAUGGAAUCCUAGAAUGGCACCUUAUAUCUUUGCCAAGCGUAAAGGUAUUCAUAUUACAAAUCUUACUAGAACUACUCGUUUUUUAUCAGAAGCUUGUGAUUUGGUUUUUGAUGCAGCAAGUAAGGGAAAGCAAUUCUUAAUUGUUGGUACCAAAACUAAAGUAGCUGAUUCAGUAGCACGGGCUGCGCUAAAGGCUCGGCGUCAUUAUGCUAAUAAAAAAUGGCUCGGUGGUAUGUUAACAAAUUGGGCCACUACAGAAACAAGACUUCAUAAGUUUAGGGACUUGAGAACGGAACAAAAAACGGGGAAACUCAACCGUCUUCCGAAAAGGGAUGCCGCUAUGUUGAAAAGACAAUUAUCUCACUUGCAAACGUAUCUGGGCGGGAUUAAAUAUAUGACGGGGGUACCCGAUAUUGUAAUCAUUGUUGAUCAGCACGAAGAAUAUACGGCCCUUCGAGAAUGUAUCACUUUGGGAAUUCCAACAAUUUGUUUAAUCGAUACAAAUUGUGACCCGGAUCUCGCGGAUAUUUCGAUUCCAGCUAACGACGAUGCUAUAGCUUCAAUCCGAUUAAUUCUUAACAAAUUAGUAUUCGCAAUUUGUGAGGGGCGUUCUAGCUACAUAAGGAAUUCUUGAUUAAUAAUAAGAUAAAUAAAUUACUUUGGAAACUCCAUGGAUUUAGGAAAUUGGUUACUAUUUAUGAAUCUAAAAAAAGAGAUAAA